AAAAAACAAAGAUAAAGCUAAAAUCCACCAUAGCCAAACAACUCAAAACCCUAGAAAUCUUCAACAUUUUCCCUCUUCUUCUUCUUCGUCUCCGAAUUGAUCUGAGGAAAGCCCUAGCCUCAGCUUCAACCUAAAUUUCAGCUUUUAUUACUUCGUCUUCUUGAGCUCCAAACCCUAGUUUCCCCUACGAUGGAGCUGCAAUUCCUGUGUAUCCAAGUCUAGGAGAGGCGAGAGAGGAAGGAAGGAAGGUGGGCGGCCAUGGAAGGGGAAGGCGAUGAGCAUGAGGUGGUGUUGGCGUGCGUGAUAUCGGGGACCAUUUUCUCCGUUUUGGGUUUGGCUUCGUUUUCUUUACUCUGGGCAGUCAAUUGGAGGCCUUGGAGAAUUUACAGUUGGAUCUUUGCUAGAAAAUGGCCGAAUAUCCUGCAAGGACCACAGCUGGAUAUAUUGUGUGGUUUCCUGUCUCUCAUUGCAUGGGCUGUUGUGAUUUCUCCAGUUGUGGUUCUUAUUAUUUGGGGCGGCUGGUUGAUCGGAAUACUGGGCAGAGACAUAAUUGGUCUGGCUGUAAUAAUGGCUGGAACUGCUCUUUUAUUGGCUUUUUAUUCAAUUAUGCUUUGGUGGAGAACACAGUGGCAAAGCUCAAGAGCUGUUGCUGUUCUUCUACUUCUAGCAGUUGCUCUUCUUUGUGCAUACGAACUCUGUGCCGUGUAUGUUACAGCUGGUGCAAAGGCAUCUCAGCGAUAUUCACCUUCUGGUUUCUUCUUUGGUGUAUCAGCAAUUGCCUUAGCAAUCAACAUGCUCUUCAUAUGUAGAAUUUUGUUUAAUGGUAAUGGCUUAGAUGUGGAUGAAUAUGUAAGGAAAGCAUAUAAAUUUGCUUAUUCUGAUUGUAUAGAAGUGGGUCCCGUGGCUUGUUUACCAGAACCACCAGACCCUAAUGAGUUAUAUCCUCGGCAAUCUAGCAGGGCUUCACAUCUUUUGCUGCUCUACCUUGGUUCACUUUUGGUGCUUCUUGUAUACUCCAUCUUAUAUGGUCUAACUGCGGAGGAAGAACGUUGGCUUGGAGCUACCACAUCAGUUGCUGUUAUCAUUCUUGAUUGGAACAUGGGGGCAUGCUUGUAUGGGUUCCAGCUCCUUCAUAGUCGUGUUGUAGCACUAUUUGUUGCUGGCACAUCACGAGUAUUUCUUAUCUGCUUUGGAGUCCACUACUGGUACUUGGGGCAUUGUGUGAGCUAUGCAGUUGUGGCAUCUGUGCUAUCAGGAGCGUUUGUUUCUCGUCAUUUUUCCGUGACAAAUCCAUUGGCUGCAAGGAGAGAUGCCCUACAAAGCACUGUGAUUCGUCUUAGGGAGGGAUUUCGUAGGAAAGAGCAGAACAGUUCAUCAAGCUCAUCUGAAGGUUGCGGCUCAAGUAUGAAACGCAGUAGUAGUGUUGAAGCUGGUCCUCUUAGUAAUGGUGUUGAAUUAAGCAACAGGAGCACAACGCAAUGUGUGGUUGAUGCGAACAAUUGGAAUAAUAUUCUGUGUCGAACGGCAAGUUCUCAUGAGGGGAUUAAUAGUGACAAGAGCAUAGAUAGUGGAAGACCAAGUUUAGCGUUACGUAGUAGUUCUUGUCGUUCAGUACUUCAAGAGCAAGAAGUAGGAUCAUCCUUAAUUGAUAAAAACUUUGAUCAAAACAACUCAUUGGUGGUUUGUUCUAGCAGUGGUCUUGAAAGCCAAGGCUGUGAAUCUAGCACGUCCAACUCUGCAAACCAACAAACUUUAGAUUUGAAUUUAGCUUUGGCAUUGCAAGAAAGGUUGAAUGACCCAAGGAUCACAUCUAUGUUGAAGCGAAGGGCAAGACAAGGCGAUCGUGAACUUGCUAGCCUACUCCAAGAUAAAGGCUUGGAUCCGAACUUCGCUAUGAUGUUGAAAGAGAAGAGCUUGGAUCCAACUAUUCUUGCCUUACUUCAGAGAAGUAGUUUGGAUGCUGAUAGAGAUCAUCGUGACAAUACUGAUAUCACAAUUAUCGAUUCCAACAGUGUUGAGAAUGCUUUACCUAAUCAAAUCUCUUUAUCGGAAGAACUAAGACUUCACGGGCUUGAAAAAUGGCUUCAACUAUGCAGACUCGUUUUGCACCACGUAGCAGGAAUCCCAGAGCGAGCUUGGGUCCUGUUUAGUUUUGUCUUUAUCCUCGAAACAGUUUUUGUCGCAAUUUUCCGUCCGAAGACAAUCAGAAUAAUAAAUGCCACUCACCAACAGUUUGAAUUUGGCUUUGCGGUACUGUUGUUAUCUCCUGUUGUGUGCUCCAUCAUGGCUUUUUACCGGUCACUUCAAGCUGAAGAAAUGGCCAUGCCCUCAAAAUCCCGCAAGUACGGAAUUGUUGCUUGGCUUUUUAGCACUUUGGUUGGAUUGCUGCUUUCGUUCUUGAGCAAAUCAUCAGUUCUUCUCGGAUUGUCGUUGACUGGUCCGCUCAUGGUGGCGUGCCUCGCUGUUGCUCGUCCUAUAUGGAUCCGUAAUGGAUACCAGUUUUGGUUUCCCCGAUUGAAAAGUACCAGUCCUGAAGGAAACCCUCGAUCCCUUGGAACAAAAGAGGGUGUUGUGCUCGUCAUUUGUAUGUUAGUAUUUACUGGAUCUGUGAUAUCUCUUGGUGCGAUUGUAUCUGCAAAGCCCUUGGAAGAUUUGAGAUACAAGGGAUGGAUUGGUGAGCAGAAAAACUUUACAUCUCCAUACGCAUCAUCUGUGUACAUUGGCUGGGCUAUGGCUUCCCUAAUUGCUUUAGUAGUUACUGGUGUACUGCCAAUUGUUUCAUGGUUCGCAACAUAUAGAUUCUCCCUGUCCUCUGCUCUGUGCGUAGCAAUAUUUACAGUUGCCCUUGUUGCAUUCUGUGGUGUAUCCUAUUUGAAGGUUGUAAAGUCUAGGGAUGACCAAGUUCCGACAGAGGGUGAUUUCCUUGCUGCUUUACUUCCUUUGUUGUGCAUUCCGGCUUUUCUAUCUCUUGGUUGUGGAUUCUAUAAAUGGAAAGAUGAUAAUUGGAAACUUUCUCGAGGUGUAUAUAUCUUUGUAACAAUUGGUCUUCUUCUACUACUUGGUGCAAUAUCGGCUGUUAUUGUUGUAAUUGAACCAUGGACGAUUGGAGUGGCCUGUCUUUUAGUUCUUCUGUUGAUAGUAUUAUCAAUUGGUGCUAUCCACUAUUGGGCUUCAAACAAUUUCUAUUUGACGAGGACCCAAAUGUUUGUUGUUUGUUUCCUUGCGUUUCUUUUGGCUCUGGCUGCGUUUGUUGUUGGAUGGAUCGGAGAUAAGCCAUUUGUGGGAGCUUCUGUUGGUUAUUUUUCAUUCUUGGCUCUUGUUGCUGGGAGAGCAUUGACUGUUCUUCUUUCACCUCCUAUAGUUGUGUACUCUCCCAGAGUUCUUCCUGUAUAUGUGUAUGAUGCUCAUGCAGAUUGUGGAAAGAAUGUCAGUGCCGCAUUUCUGAUGCUUUAUGGGGUUGCAUUGGCAACUGAGGGCUGGGGCGUCGUUGCAAGUUUAAAAAUUUAUCCGCCAUUUGCUGGUGCUGCGGUAUCAGCACUUACCCUUGUUGUUGCCUUUGGUUUUGCCGUAUCACGCCCCUGCUUGACUCUCGAGAUGAUGGAAGACGCAGUUCACUUUCUCAGUAAGGAAACUGUUAUUCAAGCUAUUGCCAGAUCUGCCACUAAGACAAGAAAUGCUUUAUCUGGAACUUAUUCAGCUCCUCAGAGGUCUGCCAGCUCAGCUGCUCUUUUAGUUGGGGAUCCUGCUAUAACGCGUGAUAGGGCAGGAAAUUUUGUGCUUCCAAGAGCAGAUGUCAUGAAAUUGAGGGAUCGUUUGAGAAACGAGGAAUUAGUUGCAGGGUCAUUCUUCUGCAAAAUGAGAUCUGGAAGGACUUUCCGCUUUGAGCCCUCGAGUGAUGUGGAUCACAGGAGACAAAUGUGUGCUCAUGCGCGAAUUUUGGCUUUGGAAGAGGCAAUUGAUACUGAAUGGGUGUACAUGUGGGAUAAAUUUGGUGGUUAUCUACUUCUUUUGCUUGGUUUGACUGCUAAGGCAGAGCGAGUGCAGGAUGAGGUUCGCUUAAGACUUUUCCUUGAUAGCAUUGGGUUUUCAGACCUAAGUGCCAAGAAAAUUAAAAAAUGGAUGCCUGAGGACCGUAGACGAUUUGAGAUAAUUCAAGAGAGUUACAUUAGAGAAAAGGAGAUGGAAGAGGAACUGUUAAUGCAGAGACGUGAAGAGGAGGGAAGGGGCAAAGAAAGAAGAAAAGCUCUUCUGGAGAAGGAAGAACGUAAAUGGAAGGAGAUAGAAGCUUCUCUCAUUUCCUCGAUGCCUAAUGCUGGCAGUAGGGAAGCAGCGGCAAUGGCAGCCGCGGUUCGUGCUGUAGGAGGUGAUUCAGUUCUUGAUGAUUCUUUUGCUCGAGAGAGAGUUUCCAGCAUUGCACGCAGGAUACGCUCAACUCAGUUAGAUCGUCGGGCCCUUCAGACUGGAAUUGCUGGUGCUAUAUGCGUUCUUGACGACGAACCAACCAUAAGUGGAAGACAUUAUGGCCAGAUUGAUCCCAGCAUAUGUCAAACUAGAAAAGUUAGCUUUUCUGUUGCUGUGAUGAUUCAACCAGAAUCGGGACCUGUUUGCCUUUUAGGCACCGAGUUUCAGCAGAAAAUAUGUUGGGAAAUCUUGGUGGCUGGUUCUGAGCAAGGUAUUGAAGCUGGACAAGUUGGGCUUCGAUUGAUCACCAAAGGUGAUAGGCAAACCACAGUUGCAAAGGAAUGGAGCAUCAGUGCUACUAGCAUUGCAGAUGGAAGGUGGCAUAUGGUAACUAUGACGAUCGAUGCUGAUCUAGGGGAGGCAACUUGCUAUCUAGAUGGUGGUUUUGAUGGAUACCAAACUGGGUUACCAUUGCAUGUUGGUGAGAGUAUUUGGGAACAAGGGACUGAAGUUUGGAUUGGUGUUAGACCACCUAUCGAUAUGGAUGCAUUUGGGAGGUCAGAUAGUGAAGGAGCUGAGUCAAAGAUGCAUUUAAUGGAUGUCUUCCUAUGGGGAAGGUGCUUAACUGAAGACGAGAUUGCUGCUCUUCAUAACGCCAUAGGUUCAGCUGAGUUCAAUAUGGCAGAUUUUCCUGAAGACAAUUGGCAGUGGGCAGAUUCACCUGUUAGGGUUGAUGAAUGGGAUAGUGAUCCUGCCGAUGUGGACUUGUACGACAGGGAUGACGUAGAUUGGGAUGGACAAUACUCAAGUGGGAGGAAAAGGAGGUCCGGGCGUGAGAGCGUUGUUAUUGAAAUGGAUUCCUUUGCGAGGAGGUAUAGGAAGCCUCGGAUGGAAACACAAGAAGAGAUCACUCAGCGAAUGCUUUCUGUUGAAUCGGCAGUCAAAGAGGCUCUCAUUGCAAGAGGAGAAACAAAUUUUACUGAUCAGGAGUUUCCACCAAAUGAUCAGUCAUUAUUUUUAGAUCCAGACAAUCCCCCUCAGAAGUUGCUGGUUGUUUCUGAGUGGACGAGGCCAGCUGAUAUAGCAAAGGAAAGGCGUCUUGAUACUCGUCCGUGCUUAUUUGAUGGGACUGCCAAUCCUUCUGACGUUUGUCAGGGUCGGUUGGGUGAUUGUUGGUUUCUGAGUGCUGUUGCUGUGUUGGCGGAGAUUUCACGAAUAUCAGACGUAAUUAUUACUCCAGAGUAUAAUGAUGAAGGGAUCUACACCAUUCGCUUUUGUAUUCAGGGUGAGUGGGUUCCUGUCGUUGUUGAUGAUUGGAUACCAUGUGAAUCACCGGGUAAGCCAUCAUUUGCUACUAGUAGGAAGCGCAACGAGCUAUGGGUCUCCAUACUGGAGAAGGCAUAUGCGAAAUUGCAUGGCUCUUAUGAAGCCCUAGAAGGUGGGCUUGUUCAGGAUGCUCUUGUGGACCUUACUGGAGGUGCUGGUGAGGAAAUUGACAUGAGGAGUGCCCAAGCUCAAAUUGAUCUUGCAAGUGGUAGACUCUGGUCUCAAUUAUUGCGCUUCAAACAAGAGGGAUUUCUACUUGGUGUUGGAAGUCCAACGGGUUCAGACGUGCAUAUCUCCUCUAGUGGCAUUGUGCAGGGCCAUGCUUAUGCAUUAUUGCAGGUAAGAGAGGUGGAUGGCCACAAGCUUAUACAGAUACGGAAUCCAUGGGCCAACGAAGUUGAGUGGAAUGGCCCUUGGUCUGACUCAUCACCCGAAUGGACCGAUAGAAUGAAACAUAAGCUAAAGCAUGUUCCACAGUCAAAAGAUGGCAUAUUCUGGAUGUCCUGGCAAGAUUUUCAGGUUCACUUUCGAUCAAUAUAUGUUUGCCGAGUCUACCCUCCAGAGAUGCGGUAUUCUGUUCACGGCCAAUGGCGAGGUUACAGUGCCGGUGGCUGCCAGGACUAUGAUACAUGGCAUCAAAAUCCACAGUUCCGGUUACGGGCUACCGGUACAGAUGCUUCGUAUCCAAUUCAUGUGUUUAUAACGUUGACUCAGGGCGUGAGCUUCUCAAGGACAGUAGCCGGUUUCAGAAAUUAUCAAUCCAGUCACGAUUCAAUGAUGUUCUACAUUGGAAUGAGGAUACUUAAAACUCGUGGUCGUCGUGCUGCUUAUAAUAUUUACUUACAUGAAUCGGUUGGUGGGACAGAUUAUGUUAACUCUCGAGAAAUAUCUUGCGAAAUGGUUUUGGAGCCUGAUCCUAAAGGUUACACAAUAGUACCUACAACUAUACACCCUGGAGAAGAAGCGCCAUUUGUUCUCUCUGUAUUCACCAAGGCAUUAGUAACCCUGGAACCCUUGUAGUUUAAGCACGGAUGGUAUUGAGAUUUCGGCGCAUCUUCAAAAUUUGAAUUGCUUGGGCUGUACAAAGAAUAGAUACACUCAGCAGGCAGGUUCCAGUGGCCACAUUUCAGUACACCAAAUGAUCAGGCUCCAUACCAUCCAGUGAUUCUCGAGCUCCAAGGAGCGUCGAGAACGGCCAUUCAUUCGACUGGUGGAACUCCAUGCGGUAUCUUCGAGCUUAAGCAGAUGCAAGAAGCUGAACCGACCUAGUGAAAUCGACUUAUUCUUUUGAGGCAAGGCUGAUCGCUUAGAGACGAAAACUACGGCCUCCCUCAUCCUGGUUCAACAUUUGCUUCCUCUGGCAUAGAGAAAGGGUUAUUGACGGUUAUGCAAGUGUACAUAAGUUGGCUUUUUUUUUUUCUUUUCUUUUUUUUUUUAAUGAAUAAAGGUGUUGUUAAUCAUGUAAAUGAGAGCAAAAGAGAGCCAUAGAAAUAUAAUUUGGAAUUCUUAGUUGGGGGGAUAAAAAAAAGUUGUGCAGUUGCAGCGGUUUGUUGGUUCAGCUGCAGUUUUGAGGUGCCUUUUUAGUGAAUCAUGGGUUAUUUGUACAAAUAAUAUAUGUUUUACAUUUCAAUAUAAUUAUAUAAAGUAUUAUUGUCCCU